GAGAGUGGCGAAUGAGAGUGGCGAGGCUCAACGCUGCUAAUGAGUUAUUUAGAAUGCUAAAACAAGUAGAUCCACUGACAUCCGUGAUUGAAGAAGGUAGUAUCUCGCCCAAUAUACCCUCGACCGACGGAAUAUUGCAUUGUUAGCCCCAGCAUCACGCGCUAGUAUAAAUUGCAGUGCCCAUUUCAGACAACUCGACCAUACUAAACCGAGACGAGACUACCUGCCUUACUGUGUGGGUGGACUACUAUCUGGCUGCGUCACAGCGCGAUUCCAGAAUAAGAGCGAUUUCCCCCUAGCGUGAAUUUUCCUUUCGCUGAGCCGGUGGCGAUAACGUCGUACAAAUAUCAGCACAAUACUGACUGGGUCGAACCUGUCCAUACCCUCUCGAAGCUGUGGAAGCCAUAUUUUUCAAUCUGUCUUUGCUUGCAGGAAUGAGUGAUUUCAACCGCACAGCUGGCAUGACUGACGAGCUCCAGAAUGCCCCAUUCGGGACAUGGACCAGCCCAAUCACGGCAGAGCUACUUUCCAGCGGCAGUAUUCGUUUCGAAGGACUACAAGUCAAUGCCUCAACAGGGCAAGUCUAUGUGCUUGAGUCACGCCCGGCCGAGGGCGGGCGUUAUUGCAUCGUUGAGCUUCUCGAAUCCGGUGCCGAGGAUAUUCUACCUGAGCAAUUCAAUGCCAUGAGCACAGUUCAUGAAUAUGGAGGUGGGUCAUUUGCGAUUAGUCCUGAUGGGAGCCUGAUAUUCACGAAUCAUCCUACCAACGAGGUCUUCUCAUUAUAUCCCAAGUCUGGAAACAUCACGCGCAUAUUACCGCCCACCGAAACCCUUCGCUUCGCAGAUUUCAAUGUCCACCCUACUCUGCCGCAGUGGGUUCUUGCGGUGCAAGAAGACCACUCAUCAAAUGUGGUAGUAAAUUCUAUCGUAGCAGUCGAUGCCAAUGAACGAGAAGUGUUUAUCUUGGCUCAGGAUGCAGAUUUCUAUCAACAUCCUAAGUUUAGCGCCGAUGGGAAGCAAAUUUGUUGGACACAGUGGAAUCACCCUGACAUGCCAUGGACUGGUUGCGAGCUGUACUCCGCGACGUGGGCUCCGCGAGAGCGCGCAAGUGGUAUCUUGAUUGCUGGAGAAGCAGGCAGAGAGAGCAUUUGCCAGCCAAGAUGGGGCCCUGAUGGUACUUUGUUCUUUGUGAGCGAUAAAACCGGAUAUUGGCAACUUUACCGCCUGGCCCAUGGUGCAACGAGACCGCAAAUUGUCAGUCUGAAAGGCCUCGAAACUGCAGAAUUCGGCAGUCGUGAAAGUUACCUGGCCAAUUGUACUUAUGUCGUCCUCACCAGAAGCACGAUUGUGGCAACUGUCAAUAAGGACGCAACAUCAAGACUCAUCUUGAUCGACCUUGACACAGAGCAGUAUACAGAAUUAAAUCUUGGCCUCGUUGACAUCCAAAGGGAUGCAAUUCGAACCCUUUCUGCGACGGAGUUUAUUGUGAUAGGUACAACUCUGACAGAGCCACAAGCAGUAUACUACGUCAACACCAGAAACCAAGGAGAGAAAAGACUUCUCAGGCCCUCCAUUCAGUUUAACAUACCAGCUUCGCUCAUUUCGGAGUCUCAACACAUCACCUUUCCUCGUUGCUAUGGUGAGAACCAAGUGGGUUCAUCCCACGCUAUAUUUGUACCGCCGAAGAACCCAGGCUUCCAGGCACGGCGCGGCUGUAGACCACCGGUCAUACUGUGGAUGCAUGGCGGACCAACGACGCAUGUGGCACCCGGCCUUUCUCUGGCGAUACAAUACUGGACCUCACGGGGUUAUGCUUACGCCUGUGUUAAUUAUGCCGGCUCAACGGGUUACGGACGUGCCUACCGAAUGCUUCUACAGGGAGAAUGGGGUGUCAUUGACAUUGCUGACGCCGCAAGCUGUGUUUCCUUCCUUAUAUCCCAACACCUUAUCGAUGGAUCACGCGUUGGCAUUGUCGGUGAGUCCGCGGGUGGUUAUGCAGUCCUCCAGGCGUUGUGCGUGUAUCCCGACCUCUGGGCUGGGGCUAUAAGCCUCUACGGCGUCAGCAACCUUAAGGCGCUCGCAGAAACAAUGCACAAGUUCGAAAGCCAGUACGUGCAGCAGCUUGUCCUCAAAGAUGGACAGACAAUGGAGGACGUGGGGCCUGUAUACAGGAGUAGAAGUGCGUGCUAUAAUGUCGAUAAAAUCAGAGCUCCGCUCCUGCUUUUACAGGGUGACCAGGACACGGUGGUGCCAGAGAGUCAGACGAAGGAGAUGCAACAGACCAUGAAGGAGCAGGGAAAGGACGUUGAAGUUGUGAUAUAUAAGGGGGAAGGACAUGGAUGGGAGAGAGAGAAUACAAUCAAAGCUUCCAUUGAAAAGGAAACGCAGUUUUGGGCCCGUACACUUCUGCAGAAGGCCAUGCGCUAGGUAAAUAGAUGGAAUAGGAGAGUAGACUAGAUCUUAAACGGAUUUUAAGAAUGGACG